AUGUUUUCGGCUGUACCUUUGCAACAUAAUAAACCUUUCAUCUCAAUAUUUCAUUUCUUGAAAUUGCUUCGUGAAAGUACUUGUAAGAAUGAUUUGGUUCUAGAUAUUAAUCAAAAAGUUCAAAGUAGGCUUAUUGACACUUUGAAAGAGAUAUUCUCUUCUUGGUCUGAAUACGUAACAAGAUGGUGUACUGAACUAGAUCAAAUAUUUAUUCCAUCAUCUUCAAUAUCUUCUUCUACAUCUUCAGCUGUAAAUGAGAACCAAAAAAACUUGUGGAUAAUUUUCUCGGAUGGCAUCCAAACCUUGCAUGAUAUCAUUAGUGGUCAAAUCAAAACUUGUUCUACCCCUUUUCAUCCAAUCGCUACCCAAGUCAUUCAACAGUGUCAAUUUCUACAACUUAUCAAAAUAUUCGGAAUAAUUAUCGAUUGGUUAUUGGAAUUUGCUAUUAAAAAUUCUACUAUUGAUUCGAGAUUUCCUGUAAACAUUCAUAUUUCAAAUAACACAAAUACUGAAUCUGAGAUUAAUGAUGAUGAUAUUUAUAAUUUAAUAAAACGCGUCAUUUUACAUUUCAUAUGUGAGGGAUUAAUUGGUGAUGAAAUUUUAUUACAACAUCAUGAUAAUAUCGAUGAUAAGAAAAAUAUGUGUACUACUUGGUGGAUUCGUUAUUUUUAUGAAAAUCCUUGGAAUGAUGGAAAUAAUCGUAUUCGAUGGAAUGGUGAAUGUUUACAUUCUUUAACUCAUCUGCUUGAAGUUGUGUCUAUGAUAUUAGAAAUUCUUGCUUCAAAAAUUCCUCGUUUGAAUAAAGAAAUUUCUCGAAAUGAUUUGAAUGAAAAGAAUCUCAAGAAUUUAACUAUCCUUUGUGAUUUACUUGUAAAAUUGGAUCAUUUCGUUGUUAGAGCUCUUGAUGAAGUUUUAAUUCCUGUAGUUAUGGUUCAUCUCGACUUACAAACAACCAAUAGCCCUACUAAAUACGUCGUAAUCAAUGAUCCUAUUAUUUUGGAAUCUUUAAUUAUGUUGACAAAAUUAUUUACUAUGCCUUCAGCUUUACCAGCAAGCACACAUAAUGAUAAUUCCUGGAGAAAACUUUAUGCAAAAAAAUUGGUUGUGAGCGGCUUUAUUAAUAUCGCAUUACAUCAAAAACACCAUCAAUCUACUUUUUCUCAAUUCAAUACUUUUACUAACUCUAUCGGAAACGUAUCUGAUCUAUUUCUUAUUGCUUUGAUACGUACUUUGGCUGGAUUUCAAGAAUUAACAAAUGAACAAACCAUAGUUAGUAGGCAAGGGAAUUUGAUUCCUGACUACGCCGCUUUCAAAAUUUUACCAUCAAACCUACAAGACGUUUUAACAAUGCUUGCAAGCGAUCCAACUAAAGAAACUAUUGCUUUGAAGCAACAAUUGGAUCGUCUUGCCCUUGCGAUAUUUUUCGUAUGUUACACUUGCGAGGAUCAAAUGUUAAAAAAAUCCUCUGAAUUAUCUGCGCCAUUGGUUUAUAAAACAUUAACACGAUUUAUAACAAAAUAUUUUUCGUUGGAUUUUCUUCAUGGAACCUCUGAAUCUGAAUGUAAUAAUUUGUCUGUAAUUCAACCUAAUGAUAUUACCGAUAAAUCCGAAAUUUCAAUUAUAGAAAAUGUUUUCUUUAAUUAUGAUUCAGUGUUUCUACCUUGGAUUUGGAAAGUUUGUGAAAAUAGUUGGAGUUUAAAAGAAUUUGUUUCUAAUCUGAUUAAUAAAGUUGAUAACAAUGAAAUUGAAAAGUAUAUUAUCGAGGACAGAAAAUUAUUGUUUCAAAACUUUGCUAAAUUUUGGUCAGAGAUUUUAAAAUUAUUUGGUACUCCUGGAAUUAUUGAAAACGUUCCUACGGAUUGGUGGUCAACUAUUAAUAUUAUAGUUCUAAUCUUGGGUUAUCAUUUUGAUCCAAUUGAAUCUUUGAUUGGUGUGACAAAUUUGUCUGGAGGUAUAGUUAUUACUGGACCAUGUGUUAAAAUCUUCUUGCAUGCAUUAACGUUAAGUAGUGCAACUUCAAGCAAGGGGAUACUUUUUGCAAAGUUUUACAAAAGUUACAAAGUUACAAAGUUAGCAAGGGGAAUAUUACAAAAUAUUAAUGAAAUUAAUACAAAGAGUUGUCAAGAUGAAAUAAUUACAAAAACUACUCGAUUAACAUUUAUAAUUCAUUUUUUAACAAUUUGUUCCUGUAUUCAAAAUGAAGUUGUGAUACAAGAAAUUCGACAGCAUCCGAUGCUUCUCGAAGCUAUUAGACAAUGGGCAUUAUCAUCUAAUCAAAAUAUUAAUUAUGAUGAUGAUAAAUAUGUUGAGAACACUGCUUCAUCCAUAGCAUUAACAGUUGCUGAUAUUGAAGUAAAAUCCUCAAUUAUUGGAUUGUUAAGUCUGACAAUUCCAAAUGUUGAAGAAAGUAAUAGUGUCUCUAAUGAUUGCAAUAGGCAGGAAUUCCCUACGAUAAAUGAAUUUGAUUAUAUAAUGACUAUGCUUAGGCGCGAACCUUCAUUGUUUGUUGUAGAAUCUUUAGUUAAUAUCUCUAUCAACAAGGUUCAAAUUUGUAAUGAUUACAAUGUGUGUUCUUUUUGGGAACCAAAGUACUGGAAGGAUAGUGACUUACAGAAGGAACACAUUUACCAUAAUAUAAGAACUAUUCAAGUUCCAAUAGGUAUAAAUAUAGUUUUGGUCACUCAGGAAGAUAAACAUUUAUCGAUUCCUUUGGGUUUUACGAAUUGCACGGAUCAUGAAUUUUGUAAUUUGGUGGCGCGCUUGGAUAUUUCAGCGGAUUUAAGACUUGCUCUAAAACAAAUAGGCGAAUUCAUAAAGGAUGAUAAUAAGCAAGAAUUAAUUUAUCAUCAUAGAUCCAAGUUACAUUUUUUCGAUCAUGAUGUAACACUUGUUUCACAAUUUUCCGUCAAUCGAUUAGAAAGCUUUGAACAAGCAUUAGCCGCUUGGCCUGGACCUGUUUCUGUUGUGAUAUACCUUACUGAUCCACUUGAUAUCUACACUUUAAUUAAUUAUUUCCAAAUGGAUAAAAAUAUUUACCUUUAUAAUCGCGUUUCUUUAACUAUAGUUAAACCCGAUUAUUCAACAGAUUACUAUUUAAAAUACCCAAUUAAUCAACUUCGAAAUAUUGGAAUCAAAACGGCGCCAACGGAUUAUAUUUUUGUUAUGGACGCAGAUUUUGUUCCGACCUCUCAAUUAUACCAUUUUGCAUCUUCGACAUUGAUCCCUUUAUUACAGGAAUCAUCCCACCCAACUGCUUUCGUAGUUCCAUGUGUUGCAUUAAUCGAAAGUUACCGUGGAAAUUUUCCAGAUACUAUUCCCGAAUUACGAAGUUUAUUUCGUCAAGGUAUUGCUUAUAUAACUGAUCCGAAUUCAGGUCACGGACCAACCGGAAACAACAUUUUUCUUGCUCACCAAUUUUAUAGUUCUUUACCUUAUUAUGAAGUUUGUUAUGAAUCUCAAUGGGAACCGUAUUAUAUAAUAUCAAAACAUGCACCAUUUUAUGAUGAACGAUUUCGUAAUCAAGGUGGUGACAAGCAACAACAUGUAUUUUCACUUAAUGCAUUGGGGUAUAGAUUUUUAGUAUUGAAAGAACAUUUUAUAUAUCACAAGGAUCACCCAAAAAUAGAUUGGCCUGGUGGUGGUUUAAGGCAUGGACAAUUAUCUAAGAAUCAAUUUAAUUAUUUUCAACAUUAUAUUCCAGAGAUGCAGAGCAUGUUUGGGAUUAAUGUUAGGUGGCCAAGAGGUUGCUCUCAGCCUUUAAUCACCGGACAAAUGAGAGAUUUGCUUGGAAUUGGAUUGGGUUAA